GUUCCUAAUAACGAUUGGUUAGAUUAGUCACAGGGUCAUGCUCCAGGCCUGUGAUCUCCCGGCUUGGGGCCACUUGGCAGUGGGAUCAAGUGCAAUGCCGAGUGUCAAAGGUCAGAGAAGUGAGGGGGAAAUUCAGGUUCAAGAAGUUGGGAGGAGAGUGACUCCCUGGUAGCCUCGCCCCAGCCCUGUGGCACGGCACUGGGGUGGUCCCUAGGCUCGGAGGGGCCCAGCCCAACAGGUUUGCCCUAGGGUCCCCGUUUGUGUCCGGCUGUCUGCAGAAGCGGAAACAGCCCCGGGCUCACGGUCAGGCCCGAGUCACUGCUCAGCGCCAGAGCCCACUGGGGCCCGGGUGGAUGGGCCAGCAGAGCCGCUGCUCUCUGCCCAGCCGCCUGGCCCCUGGUCGACCUCCGCCCUCCCUGGCCGCUCCAGCGUCCCCACCCUGAGGACCCUGAGCGUCCAGGUUGUCCGCACCGUGCCUGGGCAGUGGCUCUGCCCCCGGGAGCUCACAGUGGGCCUGCUGGUCUCCCACGUCCACCUUUUCUCUCCUUGCUCCGGCCCCCGCGGAGAGCUGAGUCAGACGCGGCCGCUUCCCCUCGGCUCCCAGAGCCUCCCGUGGGGGCCCCUCCUUGGUCGUAUCCCGUAUCCGUUCGUUCGUCACUCCUGGCUGCUGCGGGCUCGCCUCAUUCCUCGGAGCUGCCAGGAAGCAGAGGCCGGAGCGGGGCAGGGCCACCGAAACCUGGGUCGGACCUGCAACCCAGGAGGAGGCGGCGGCGGCGGCAGAGGCGGCAGCUGGACUCCGGCCCUCCCCUCCCUUUCCAGCCUGCCUCACCCCCCAGCUCUGAACGACAGCCCGCCUCUCUGGGGCCCUAAGCCCCCCGGGGCCCUGCGUGUGCCAUGUCGGUGGCGGUGGAGACAUUUGGCUUCUUCAUGGCGGCCCUGGGGCUGCUGAUGCUCGGGGUGACCCUGCCCAACAGCUACUGGCGAGUGUCCACGGUGCACGGCAACGUCAUCACCACCAACACCAUCUACGAGAACCUCUGGUACAGCUGCGCCACCGACUCCCUGGGAGUCUCCAACUGCUGGGAGUUCCCGUCCAUGCUGGCCCUGUCUGGAUACGUCCAGGCCUGCCGCGCCCUCAUGAUCACCGCCAUCCUCCUGGGCUUCCUGGGCCUCUUCCUGGGCAUGGUGGGGCUGCGCUGCACCAAAGUCGGAGGCACCGAGCCCUCCAGGAAAGCCAAGCUGGCAGCCACGGCGGGCGCCCUGCACAUGCUGGCUGGGCUCUGCGGCAUGGUGGCCAUUUCCUGGUACGCGGCCAACAUCACCCAGGAUUUCUUCAACCCCUUGUAUGCCGGGACCAAGUACGAGCUGGGCCCCGCCCUCUACCUGGGCUGGAGCGCCUCCCUGCUGUCCAUCCUGGGCGGCAUCUGCCUCUGCUCCAACUGCUGCUGCCAGCCUAGAGAGGACCCCACCACCAGGGCCCAGCUUCCCUACAAGGCGUCCACCGCCGUGAUGCCCCCCGCUGCCUCGGAUGAAGGCGAUAGCAGCUUUGGCAAAUAUGGCAAGAAUGCUUACGUGUAGGAGCGCCAGCCUGCACAGCCGUUUCCCUCCCCACCUGCCCUAGCAAAGAGGGGCCCCUGGCCCCCAGGGCUCCUGGCUGGGGUCCAUCCUCCCUGUAACCCAACUCAGUGUCCAGAAGCCACGCCCCAGUCCCCACCUCCCCAGCCAGAGCCCCGCCCCAGCCACACCUCCCAACCUGGAGCUCCACCCAGGCCAAGGACCCCUGCAGAAGCUGCAGCAGUCUCCCAAGGGGAGAGACGUACCCCCAAAAGCUGGUGGAUUGUGUAAAUUCAUGCAUAAAUAAAUGUAUACUGUGA